CCGCGAAGAGGUUCCGGGGUAGUAAAUGGUGGGGAAAGGCACAUCUCCUGUCGUCAAUGAAAUUAACUAGUAAAGAUAAUAUUGCUACUGUACCGAAGUAUCCUAACAAUGGAAAUAUAUUAUAUUUCUAUGAGCCUAACACAGAGAUAGUUAGAGGACGCAACAUUGUGUCUGUCAAAUUAUGGAAAACAACUUUCACAGCAGUGAAUUUAGCACCUCAGAACCCGUAUGACCUUACAAGUGACGUCAAAAAUGUUGUCCCAUUAGCGAAGAAGGUGAAGAGGGGGGUGAAAGUGAGGCUGGUUUCCAGCGGUGAGUUAAGGUGAAGACACUUAAAGGCAAUCAUCAUGAGUCGCAGCCCAGAAAGGAUGUCUUCUUACUGCCGCCACUUCGAGGGCCCCCUCGCCGCCUCCUCUUCCUACCAGGUGCAGAUCUCAAGCCCCUCGCCAACUUGUGAUGCUGUGGGGAGACGCAUGACAGAGGAGACACAUCUGGAGAGUAUUGAGGGGCUGAAGCUGGAGAUGAAGGUGAUGAAGGAGAAGAUAGCUCUGCUGCUGAGGGAGUACCAGGAGCUGCUCAACAUCAAGAUGGCCCUGGAGAAUGAGAUCACCACCUACAGGGCGCUGAUCGAGGGCAGGACACCAGUCUCAAUACCAUGGCACAGAGCAUGUCUCUGGGUGGAGGAAGAGGGGGCAUGGCCAUCAGUGCUAGCAUGAGUGCUUGCUCCGCCUCUGCCUCCGUUAGUGCCUCUGGGAAUGGGUAUGGUACCGGGCAGAGUCCCCAGUUAUGGACAUAACGGAAACCCCAAAGAGGCCCCUGUCGGGGCAGUGGAGGUGAAAUCAACAGAGAGCUAUGAGGAACAGUCAGUGGAGAUGACUGAGCGGAAGACUCUUCUCAUCAGGUAGAGCAAGCCUGGGUCAUAACCUAUGAUCUAUCGAUAAAAUAUGAAAUACCGGUCAUUUUUGUCAUCUGAAAAUAUGCUAAGUGUGUACAUUUUUGUAUACAUUUGUAUAUUUGUGUCACCCAGUAUCAUUUUCAAAACACUUUUGUCCUGGCCUUUUAUCUCAGAACAGUUAAGACAUGUAUGAGAGUGACAAACAGGAAUGCACCAUCUCCAUCUCCGGAGCUGCUGACGACACAGACAAGGAUUAGAAUGUUAGACCAAUACCCUUUAGACCUAAGCCCUAGCUCUUCCACCCACAAAUGUAUUCUACACCAACCCCCUCAGAUAAUGGUCUUCAGGAUCAGGACGCCUAUGGUCCUCUUCUGUGUGUCUCUGGCUGCACUAAACUCUCUGAGCCUCACACUGCCUUUCUGUUAGCCUUUAACUUCCCUGUGUCUUAGAAUCAUCUCUCUAUAUAAGCAACAACAAAAAAAACACAAAAAAAAGCAAUUACCAUAUUUUCUCUUGAUGUGGUCAUUUCAGAGAGUAUACCUGUAUUUGGAUUAUUCUGUUAAGUAAUAAGGCAAUUAAGUCUAUGUACUAAUGCAUGCCAUUUAUUCCAUGUAACUGGAGGGUUUUUGAGAGGAUACGAACUAAAAAGAAAUGCAGAACAAGUUUGAUGUCAGUUUCACUUUCAUAUCUUUACUCUUGGUGUUGAACAAUUACAUAGCAGCACAGUCUUUCCAGUUGAGAUCUGUUCAUAGCAGUGCAGUUACUCAGAUAUGAACAGAAAUGCUAAAUUGAUCGACAAUAAUAACCGGUAAUGUAAACACUUAUAAUUACAUGGGAAUAGUACAAAA